AUGACGUCCUCAUCAUCGUCCAUGGCGCAUAUCAUGGGCCUCACGAUGGGGGAUGUGCAUAAUCUGAGACUUUGCACUGUACACUACCCAUCGAACCGAUAAUUUGGAGCAAAUUUCAAGACCACCAUGCCUGGCGACGAAGUCAUCACCGCGUACUCGGUCGCUGUGCCCAACAAGCAGCAGCAGUCGCUGCCUGGGCUUGACAAAGACAUGAAUCCCGGUCUCGAGUACAGCAAGCAAGAAGUAUGGGACGACGAGGGCAAGCCGCAUCUCGUCGAGUACGUGGGCGCUGGAAAGCUGAAGGGCAAGACGGCUAUCGUCACCGGCGGCGACUCUGGGAUCGGUCGCUCUGCGGCGAUUCUCUUUGCUAAAGAAGGCGCACGAGGUAUCACCAUAACGUAUCUGCCGCAAGAGAAGGAAGAUGCGGAGAGCGCGAAGAAGCAGGUCGAGGAAUCGGGCGCGAAGGUGCUUCUCGUCGAGACGCAACUUGAAGAAGAAGCGGACUGCAAGAAGGUCGUCGACGAGCACACCAAGGCAUUCGGCACGCUGAACAUCCUCGUCAACAAUGCGAGCAAGCAAAUCAUCGAAAAGGAUCUGUCGAAAAUCGACCUCGAGAACGUCCGGAGCACUUUCCAGUCCAAUAUUCUCCAGAUGAUCGCCGUCACCAAGUUUGCGCUACCACACAUGGUUGCCGGUGCCAGUAUCAUCAACACUACCAGCGUCACCGCCUACAAAGGCAGCGCGCAACUUAUCGACUACUCGUCCACCAAAGGUGCGAUUGUGACAUUCACGCGCUCGCUCGCCCUCCAGCUCGCGCCAAAAGGCAUCCGUGUCAACGCGGUUGCCCCCGGUACCGUCAUCACCGCGCUACAAGCCGGCAGCCGUGACGCGGAAAACAUGGAAGGGUUGGGAGUCGGACAAACGCCGUUGCACAAUCGGGCUGCGCAACCAGCGGAGAUGGGCCCUUCGUACGUGUUCUUGGCCAGCAGCGACUCGAACGCGAUGACUGGGCAGGUUCUGCAUGUGAACAUGGGCGCGCACGUUGGCGCCGCUUGAUUUCGACAUGCGAACGAGAGGGAUCCAAGUAGUCUACAUCAUUUGUACAGUAACCAUGCGCAUAUAUUCAGUACGAUAUGCAGAGCAUCUCCGCGUUGUAUCC